AUGUCCAGUCUUGAGUCUCUAAAGAAAUAUUCCAUCGUUGUCGCGGAUACCGGUGACUAUCAGGGUAAGGUUUAGACCUGCUGUGAAUAAAAUGGUGUCUUUUUAAUACAUUUGUUUGAAUAGUUGGGUAGCGUGAUGAUAAAAAUGUAGUUUAUAACUAUAGCGAUCAAGGAGUUCCAACCGACUGAUGCAACUACCAACCCAAGUUUGAUCUUGGCCGCCUCCAAAGUUGAUUCUUACAAACCAUUAAUCCAAAAGGCUGUUCAGUACGCCAAAGAGAAAGCUUCAGGGAAGUCCAAAGAAGAGAUCAGAGCCUUAGCCGUUGAUAAACUGUUUGUUUUAUUCGGAAAGGAAAUCCUCCAGAUCAUUCCUGGCCGAGUCUCCACGGAAGUCGAUGCCAGGUGGGUUCAAAAGUCAAGUAUAAUAUUGUUAAAGACUUUCUUUCGACAAGGAAGCCUCGGUUAGUAAAGCCUUGUCCUUGAUCAAACUGUAUGAAGAGGAAGGAAUCAAAAAGGAAAGAAUCCUGAUCAAAUUGGCAUCGACUUGGGAGGGAAUUGAAGCCGCGCGGGAAUUGGAAUCCAAGCAUGGCAUCCACUGUAAUAUGACUCUUCUCUUCAAUUAUGAACAAGCCAUUGCGUGUGCUCAAGCCAAUGUCACCCUGAUCUCUCCAUUCGUCGGCCGUAUUUAUGAUUGGUAUGUUAAGAGUACUGGAAAGAAAGAUUACACAAGAUCGGAUGACCCAGGAGUCGAGAGUGUAACCAAGAUCUACCAUUACUACAAGAAGUUUGGACACAAGACCCAAGUUAUGGCUGCUUCCUUCAGAAAUACUGAGGAGAUCAAGGGAUUAACAGGGUGUGAUUUGUUGACUAUCAGCCCGGCUCUAUUGGGACAAUUGGCGAAGGAUUCCGAAAUUCUUGAACCGGUUCUGACUGCAGAGAAAGGUAAGACCAAAGCAGGGCCGUGCGAUGGAUGCUCUUUUUUAUGUUAUACAUCCGUUCUAAACCAUUUGAUUUCAGCCAAGAAAGCCAACCUCAAUGAAGUUAAGGUCACCGAGCAAGUCUUCCGUUUCCAACUGAAUGAGGACGCCAUGGCCACAGAAAAGUUGGCCGAGGGAAUUCGAAAAUUCGCUGCGGACGCCAUUAUUCUUGAGAAACUGAUCGAUGACCAGCUCUAG